CAGAUCCUCAGUGUUACAGCUGACAAUGCAGCAAACAACAAUAUGAUGAUGGCUGAACUGGCAGAUAAGGUGGCCCAUUUCAGAGGAGAGACGGCAAGGACACAAUGUUUCCUACACAUUGUCAAUUUGGUUGCAAAGAGUGUACUAAAGCAAUUUGAU